GAGAGAGAGAGCAAAAGAAAGAAAGAAAGAGAGUUGGGGAAAACACCCCUUCGGAGAGGAGCAAAGCCUCUCCUGGGGAAGAACACGUUCUUCUUUUGUUCUUAUUUUUUCAAUCCAGAUUUUGAUGAGGAAUUCAUGAAUUUGGACUGAUUAUCGAAAUUCGGGGUUUUUGUUGAGUGAUCUGUGAAGAAGGAGUCAGAGGAAGAAGAGAAAAGGGACAGAGAAAAUGUCAGACCUAGACCAGCAGAUAGAGCAGCUUAAACGCUGCGAAACUUUGAAGGAAUCGGAAGUGAAGGCUCUUUGCCUCAAAGCUAUCGAAAUUCUCGUUGAGGAGAGCAAUGUUCAAAGAGUCGAUGCUCCAGUCACUAUAUGUGGUGACAUCCAUGGACAGUUCUACGACAUGAAAGAGCUUUUCAAAGUCGGGGGUGAUUGCCCCAAGACGAAUUAUUUAUUUCUUGGAGACUUUGUUGAUCGAGGCUUUUAUUCAGUUGAGACAUUCCUACUUCUUCUAGCUCUCAAGGUUAGAUAUCCAGACCGUAUAACUCUCAUUAGAGGGAACCAUGAGAGCCGGCAAAUUACUCAGGUAUAUGGAUUUUAUGACGAGUGUCUGCGUAAAUAUGGCUCUGUAAAUGUCUGGAGAUACUGCACAGAUAUCUUUGACUACUUGAGUCUUUCAGCUCUUGUCGAGAACAAGAUAUUUUGUGUUCAUGGAGGUCUCUCCCCAGCUAUUAUGACUCUAGACCAGAUCAGGACGAUUGACCGGAAGCAAGAAGUGCCACAUGAUGGUGCAAUGUGUGAUCUUCUAUGGUCUGAUCCAGAAGAUAUCGUGGAUGGUUGGGGAUUGAGUCCUCGUGGUGCUGGAUUUCUUUUUGGCGGCAGCGUUGUAACUUCUUUUAACCAUUCAAACAACAUUGAUUACAUAUGCCGAGCUCACCAGCUAGUUAUGGAAGGUUACAAAUGGAUGUUCAAUAGCCAGAUAGUCACUGUUUGGUCUGCCCCAAAUUACUGUUAUAGAUGCGGUAAUGUAGCCGCAAUUCUAGAGCUCGAUGAGAAUCUAAAUAAGGAGUUUCGAGUCUUCGAUGCUGCCCAACAAGAAUCUAGAGGAGCUCUAGCCAAGAGACCUGCACCUGAUUAUUUCCUAUGAGACUCAAAAUGGUGGGAAAGGAAACUGGAACUCUUUCUUCUCAUUGCAGAGCAAGAAAAGUUCCCAAAUUCAUCAUUGUUUAAGAUUGUAAAAAUACAGAAGAAUCUACAAACCAUGUGUUAUCAAAGAGAUCUCUCUACACAUUCCUUUUAAAGGGUCCGUUUGAAAGUAUCCUGUAAUUUGAAAAGCUUUCUGUUUCUUUUUCUCCUUUGUGUGUACUGCUACUUUUACGAAAAGAAUAUAGAAAAAAAGUUUGUGAAAGAAG